GCAAUUCGGUGAGAAGGUUCAAUCUUCACGCUUCCCAAUUCAGUCAUGAUCAAUAAUUGAAUUGGCAGUUUGGGUAUAAAAAAUUGGAGGAUAAACCCCAAUCUUCAUCACACUUCCCAAAAUUCAAGCAACCUUUUCGUCAUCAUCGUCGUUAUCGUGUUGUUCUUUCUCAUAUCUACUCAUUCAACUAUAAUAUUACUCUCAAUCUGUUGGUGUGUGCGAAAAUCACUUGUUAAACUGAAAGCAUUUGGUGAUUUGAAUUGCGUAAUCAGAUACGGAAAAUAUGCAGCAGCACGGCGGAGGAGAUGCUAGUCAACGCAUCGCUAGAAUCUCAGCUCACCUAAAUCCUAAUAAAUCGCAGAUGGAAGGGAGUCCCAGUUUGGAACGAUCAACCUGCCGUGCGAAAGGUGGAUCGCCUGGAUUUAAAGUAGCUAUAUUGGGUGCAGCUGGUGGCAUUGGUCAGCCACUUUCCAUGUUGAUGAAGAUGAAUCCGUUGGUGUCAGUUUUGCAUCUUUAUGAUGUUGCCAAUACUCCUGGUGUCACUUCUGAUAUCAGUCACAUGGACACCAGUGCUGUGGUGCGUGGUUUUCUUGGGCCGCAGCAAUUAGAGAAUGCACUUACGGGCAUGGAUCUUGUUAUCAUUCCGGCAGGCGUCCCUAGAAAACCAGGAAUGACAAGGGAUGAUCUGUUUAAUAUCAAUGCAGGAAUUGUUAAGACCCUCUGUGAAGGAAUUGCCAAGUGCUGUCCAAAGGCUAUUGUCAACGUGAUUAGCAAUCCUGUGAAUUCUACAGUUCCGAUUGCUGCGGAGGUUUUCAAGAAAGCUGGCACAUAUGAUCCACGCAGACUCUUAGGAGUUACAAUGCUUGAUGUUGUCAGAGCUAAUACUUUUGUGGCUGAAAUUUUGGGACAUGAUCCAAGGGAAGUUGACGUUCCAGUGGUAGGGGGUCAUGCUGGUGUUACCAUUUUACCUCUUCUAUCUCAGAUUAAGCCUCCAUGUUCUUUUACUUCAGAAGAAAUUGCACACCUAACAUCCCGUAUUCAGAAUGGUGGAACUGAAGUUGUUGAGGCAAAAGCUGGGGCAGGAUCUGCAACUCUUUCCAUGGCAUACGCUGCUGUUAAGUUCGCUGAUGCAUGCUUGCGAGGUUUAAGAGGCGAUGCAGAUGUUAUCAGAUGCGCUUUUGUGCCUUCUGUGGUCACCGAACUACCAUUCUUCGCUUCAAAAGUAAGGCUCGGUCGUAACGGCGUAGAGGAGAUAUACCCACUUGGGCCCGUUAAUGAAUUUGAAAGGGCUGGUUUGGAGAAGGCAAAGAAAGAGUUGGCUGCAAGCAUAGAAAAGGGCAUUUCAUUUGCCAACAAAUGACGAGCUUGUCCAACAAACUUCCCAUGGCCGAUUGAGGUGGUUUAAAGGAGGGGUGCCGCUUUCGGCUAGAUUUCCUAUCCGACACAAAACAGAAGAAAUGAGAAAAAUAAGUGAUCUUUCGUUGAGGUCUAGAUUACGUUUGUUUUGAUGAUUCGUUGUGUUGUGUGUUAUAGAUGCUCGAAAGUGUUCAUCAGAAGUGACGGAUGUCGAGUUUACUAAAGGCAAAACGGAGAACGUAACAGUUCUCUUGAAAUCUUGGUUAAUUAUGACGUUAAUUUUAAUUUAAAAAAGGUCGAGUUAUUCAA